UAGAUUUGGAGAGGCGGCGUGUGGUGGGUUCACAGCUGGCUGACUGCGCUCCACAGUCCCGUGUUUAGUCACUGAAAAGCUCCAAGCAUGAUUAAAUAAGAACCCCUUUAAGGGACAAAACUGGACAUCCAAAGCCAGUAUUGACGGCCACCAUGAAGGCUUUGCUCACCUUCGUGACAUUUCUUGGCUUCUUCACCCCCGUGACCGCAAAGCCUAACGCUGGCUUGAAAACCUGGGGUCGCUUCAAUAGGCUGCCCUAUCCGGGAGACAAGGCUUUCCUCUAUGACACCUUCCCCAAGGACUUCAUAUGGGCGGUGGGCACGGCCGCGUACCAGGUGGAGGGCGCGUUCGAAAAGGACGGGAAGGGGCUCUCCAUUUGGGACACUUUUACGCGCGGCGGCACCCGAAUGAUCACCGGAGACGUGGGCAGCGACAGCUACCACAACAUCAACGCUGACAUCCGAGCCAUUAAACAGCUCGGGGUCAGCCACUACAGAUUCUCCCUCUCCUGGUCCAGGAUUUUUCCCAAUGGUACCCGUGGCAGUUACAACGAAAUCGGCACCAACUACUACCGGACGCUCAUUAAGAAGCUGAAGGAGAUCCGCGUGGAGCCGGUGGUCACUCUCUACCACUGGGACCUGCCAGACCACCUGCAGCAGACCCUCGGCGGAUGGAGCAACCCAGAGGUCGUGGGAAUUUUCAAAGACUACGCCGAUUUCUGUUUCCAGGCUUUCGGGGAUGACGUAAAGUACUGGAUCACCAUCGAUAACCCGUUUGUGGUGGCGAGACACGGAUAUGGCACCGGAGUGGUGGCUCCCGGGAUAAAGAACGACCCUGAUCUUCCAUUCCGGGUUGGACACAACCUGCUCAAGGCUCACGCAGCUGCUUGGCAUCUCUACGACCGCCACUACCGUCCACGACAGCAUGGCAAACUGUCCAUGGCGCUGGCCUCUCACUGGAUCAAGCCCAGCCGCACUCGCCUGGAAAGCCUAAGGGAAUGUCAGUGCUCCCUAGACCACGUUCUGGGUUGGUUCGCCCGGCCGCUGUUCACAGAUGGGGACUACCCCCCCUGCAUGAAGUCAAGGCUGGGCUCACGUCUGCCCUCCUUCACACCGGAAGAAAGUGAACAGGUGAAAGGAACAGCUGACUUUUUUGCCCUCUCUCACGGAGCGGCGCUGAGCUUCCAUCUGAUCAACGACAGCCUCAAGUUUGGGCAGCAGGAGGAUCUGGACCUGAGGAUGCUGCUCUACUGGGUCAACGCGGAGUAUGACAACCCCCCCAUCUUUGUGGUGCAGAGUGGUUGGUACGUCCUCGGCAACACCAAGACAAAAGACCCAAAACACAUGUACUACCUCAAGAGGUUCAUCGCCGAGGCGCUAAAGUCAAUCGUCAUAGAUGGAGUGAACGUGAUUGGAUACACUGCCUGGUCUCUGAUAGACGGCUUUGAGUGGCACAGAGAAUACGGGAUACGACGGGGGCUUUACUAUGUGGACUUCAACACUCCUGACAUGAAGAGGGAGCCAAAGACAUCUGCCACCUUUUACAGAAACGUCAUCCAGAGCAAUGGUUUCCCAGAACUUCCCGAGAACAGACCAGUACAAGGAGCCUUCCCCUGUGAUUUUGCCUGGGGUGUGUCGGCCAACUCAAUCCAGGUGGAGACCACGCCCACCCAGUUUGCAGACCCAAACGUUUACCUCUGGAACAUCUCCAACAACGGAGAGCUGCUGAAGCUGGAGGGCUUCAGCCCGCCGCCUCUUCAUCGAACCCCACACUGUGCCGAUUAUGCCACCAUCCGCCAGCAGGUGGAAGAAAUCAGGCAGAUUGGAGUAAACCACUUCCACUUCUCCCUCAACUGGUCAGCUCUGGUGCCUACAGGGGAUGUGGCUCAUCCUAACACCACCCUGCUGGGGUACUAUCGCUGUUUCGCACGUCAGCUGCUCCAGGCUAAUGUCACACCUGUGGUCACUCUUUGGCACCACACCCGCCAGCGCAGCAGCCUGCCGGCCCCGCUGGAUACUGCAAACAGGUGGCUGAACAGUAAGACGCCAGAGGCCUUUGCAGACUAUGCCAGGCUUUGCUACAGAGAGCUAGGGGCCUAUGUGAAGAUAUGGAUCACCCUGAACGAACCAAACGAUGAGAUGGUGAGCUACCAGGAGGGCCACGAGAUGCUGCGGGCUCACGCGCUGGCCUGGCGUGCUUAUGACAGCGAGUUCAGAUAUGCACAGGGAGGAAAGGUGUCUCUGGCUUUGCAUAUGGACUGGGUGGAGCCGGCAUUUUCAUUCAGCCGAAAAGACGUGGAGCCGGCUAAAAGGGUUUUAGACUUCUGCGUCGGCUGGUUCGCAGAGCCAAUCUUUGGCAGUGGGGACUAUCCUGUGGGGAUGAGGAGCUGGCUGCGGCAGCUGAACUCACUCGAACUGCCGGUUUUCAAUAAGGAGGUCAGACAGCUGGUUAAAGGGACUUACGACUUCUUUGCCAUCAGCCACUUCAGUACCAAGCUUGUGACUCACGCCAAGGAAGACUCAUACACCUACACAGCAAUGCUUGAAGUCCAACACAUGAUAGACACCACGUGGAUCAUGUCCCCACGACCUGUCGUGCCCUGGGGACUGAGGAAAGCCCUUAACUGGGUGAAAGAGCACUACAGCGACGUACCCGUCUAUGUGAUGGCUAACGGGGUCCAGGAAGAUCCAGCCCGCUUCAAGGACAGCCUGAGAGUUUACUACCUGUACAACUAUAUCAACGAGGCACUUAAAGCAUACACUCUGGAUGGUGUAAACCUGAAGGGUUACUUUGCCUAUGCCCUGAACGAUCAGAGAGACCCGGGGUUCGGCUUGUAUGGCCAAGUCCACGAGGAAGUCAUUGUCAAAGCCUCUCUUUCCAACUAUCGGAACAUCAUCAAGCAUAACGGCUUCCCAAUUCAAGGAGCAGAGCCACAGCUGUGUCCCAGUUUGGCACCGCCCUGCCGUAGCUGCCACGUCCUGGGCAAGAGUCCUGUGGUGGGCUUCUUGACUCUGGUAGGUUCAGGGGUGCUGAUCACCCUGGGCCUCAUCAUUUACUAUACAGCCAAGAGACACAAGGAACGUUACUGAUGUCAGGAGCUGCUUUGACCCAAAGUGUGCCUGCUGUUCAGCAGUGCAGUCUGUUCAGACUGUAAUAGUUUGGAUUUGAUGCUAAAGGAGGUCUGAUUAAAGACAUGCUGCAAUCAGCCUCACAUUUUAGGCUUUAUAUGUCACUAAGUAAUGCUGGUGUUAAUAAACAUUUAUAUUUUAGAUAAUC